AUGAAUGUCCAGUUGCAAGGAGUACAGAUCAAAGCCAUCUUUGAAUCCGAGGUGAAGCUGAUAAAUGAAAAUGACAAUUUAAGGGAAGUACUGGAGCAAUACCCACUGUGGUUUUGUUUUUAUAAUGGGAAAGUUCUGAAGAUCUUUCCCCAGAAGAAUGAGUCAACUUGGGCCCUAAACAUCAAACGGGGUAUCCUCAGUGCUCUCCAGACAUCAUCGUUGACAGCAGCUGCCAACAACAGCGUGGAAGAGGUGGAUAUUUCAGGGAAAUGUCCCACUCAGUACCAACAGAAGGGCACACUCCUUCUGAAGAUGAAAGAUUUCAACCUGUGUUCUCACCAUUUUUCUGGAUUUACUGCUCUGAGAUCUGUGGCUCUUCCCAAUGCAUUGGAGCAGCUUCUGUCAUCCAAACUUGAAUGUCUCCAGAGGUUUGAGGAGAAGGGAAUCCUUGAAGAAGUUAAAUGUAUUGAGUCCCACCUCGUUACACCUCCUGCAAGGAAGGGCAAUGGAGUGAAGAUGCAGACUCGGACAGUACUGAAACUGUUCCUCACUGAAGCUGAUGCUGGAUCCCGGGAAAAAGUAGCCACCAGUGACAUUUAUGAAAGCAGCCUGCUCUAUGAAAAAGAAAAAACGGCCCCAUUGUCCCAAGAGGAGGAGGUGAAAGUAGUAGCUGAUGUGCUCCAGAGGCUCUGCAUGAAACCUACCAAGGAUCCUGAGCCUACGGAUAUAUUCCUGAAUUUGGUGUUUGCACUUAGACAGGUCUCCACUGAUGCCUUAAUGGACCUAUGGCAGAGACCUUCUUCCAAAUGUCGAGGCAACUGGCAACCUUUGUUGGAUGCACUUCCCUUUUGCGCAACUGAACCCUGCGUUGUCCUGAUGAAAAAGCUGAUUAUUUUCCAAGAAGUGGAAGAUGACCACAUUGAGCGUUUCCUGAGGUCACUAGCCUUCAUCCCAGAGCCCACUGCAGGCAUGAUUGAUGCUUUGGCUCCUCUGUUAGAGUUACCCAGGGAGCGGCAAAUAACAUUCUUAGGGUUGACUUCUUUACUGCAUCACUUCUGCUCCUCGAGAACCAGCUGUGAGCAAGUACCAGCCGUGCUGAGGGUUAUGAAGAUUCUUGGAAGACACCUAGGAAGAAAAUGCACUGGGUCCAAACUGGAGGAAACCCCUCAGAUGGAACUGAUUUUAAAUGCGAUUGGAAAUGCAGGACUGGCGGCAACAUCUUUGACAACUCUCCUGAGUUCCUGCGCGGUGCUGAAAAGCAACCCUACCGAAAUCCGGCUGGCAGCCAUUGAAGCCUUCCGUCGCAUUCCCUGUGCGGCCAAUCGUGCUGUGUUGGUCCAUCUGUUUCAAACCUAUGAUGAGAAUGUUGAGAUAAGAAUUGCUUCUUAUCUUAUGGCCAUGAAAUGUCCAAGCAAAGACUUAUUUAACCACAUUAAAUGGACUUUGCAGGAGGAGAAAUCUAGCCAAGUGGGCUCUUUUGUCUGGAGCCAUCUUUCUGAGCUCUUAAAAACAGAAGACCCACUGAAACAGCAUCUUAGGAAUUCUCUGCCUGAAGACAUCAUUAGCAAGGAAUUUGACUGGGAAGCGUGGAAGUUUUCUUCCUACACAGACAUUACCUUCCACUCAGCGAUGGCAAGUGGAAAUGCCGAGGCCAAGAUCAUCUUUUCACCUGCCUCUUUUAUCCCACGUCUGAUCCUGACAAAUUUCACAAUUCAUCUGCUGGGACGUGCUCUCAACCUCUUAGAGGUUGGAGUGAGAUUCGAGAAUAUGGAAGAUGUUGUCCGGACAUUCUUUGACUUUUACCCAGUUCAAGACACCAAAGGAAGACAUACUAAGCCAGAAUCUCCAAUAGAGAUGGUGAGCAAGGUUCCUCUGAAUAAGCCAUCAUCCAAGCAAUUCAGCUUGAAGAAUCAUCUACCUAAAGAAAACAAAACCACACUGAGAACAGAAAAGCUGAGUUGUCCACGUGGGCAAUACCAUAAGUUGAAUGAAUUUGUGAAAAAGUUCACCAAAAAAAUGGGGAAAAAGCAGAAGCCAAAAUGCAAACUGAACAUAAAAAUCUUUGGGAAUGAGCUUGUGAUUCUUGACUGUGGCAAUCUCAGAAGCCAAGCAAAACAUUACUAUUUGAACCUGGCGGAGCUAAUGAUGAAGGUUUUAAAGGGCCAAGAAGUCCAGUGGAUUAAAAGAUUGAGUUUGGCAACGGAAGAAGUGCUAUUUCCAACCAUCUCAGGACUUCCUGUCCUCCUGGGUUUUAAUGCUUCAGCAGCUGUCAACCUGACUGCCAGAGGAGAUACAGACUUCAAGAAACACAACCAUUUUUUCAUCAAUGGCUACCUCAAGCCAAGCUUUAUCCUACAGAUUUCUGCCCAAAUGGGAACUGUAGGAGUUCUGGGGAAAACUGGCUUGAACUGGUCAACUGUGUUGAGGUCAUCAACCAAUCUUGAUGGAGGAAUCCGGGUGAAAAAAAGGAAAGAAUUUAAGUUUUUUUGGAACACUCCAGAAGAAGCUAUGGAAGUUGUACAUUUCAGCUCUAAACUGUAUGUCACUGCAAGGGAAGAAACAAAACCAGUUGACCAUUUCCCAGGCCAAGCUCAACUGUGCACUGCUGAGGAAGUGUCUAAGACAUUUGGUUGGCAGCUGUGUUCAGAGGUUUUCCUCCCUGAUGACAAGACCAGCAGUUUCAUUUUUCCAUUCCCUGGACCUGCCAAAGUUGCCAUUAUGCUGAAAAAGCAGGACAGAAGUCUACAGCAGUAUUUAAUAAAAGCAGCAUAUAAUUUUGUCGCUCAGAAAGGUUCUUGGAUUCCAAAUGAAGCUGGACUCCAUUUCUUUAUGGGAACUCCAAAAUCAGAGCUGAAGAGGGAUGUUGCUUUCGAAUUCCACUGGAACAUCUCCCAGAAAAAAAUCAGAAUUGAAUUUAUCAAGCCAAAGACAAAAAUACAAGUGAACGGCAAAAUUGAAAUCUCAAAAUACUCUCGUGUCGGGCAUUUGGAACUGAUAGUCAAUGACAACACCAUUUAUUACAUUAAGGGCAGGACAGAUUUGCAAUCCGUGGCUAGGGAGCCAAGAUAUGCAAUCCGUCUGGAAGCAAAAUUGCUAAGACAUGGAAGUCCCAUUAUCCUGGCAGGAAACAUCACUAAACAGGCCAACCAGAAGAUGGCACUUUCAGUAUCAUUGAUUAACUUGCUGAAGGAUGCUGCGUUCUUUUCAGUGUGUUUGGAGAAAAAGGCAGAUAAUGAUUUAAAGCACUAUUCCCUGGAAGGAGAAACCCACAUUCCAGGUGUCCUUGGAUCUCACAUGAUUUUAAUUCUGCAACAACGAGGACAAUUCUGGUCCAACAUCCUGAGAAUUAAAUAUGGGUUGUUUGAAGAUGCAAAAAAACUUCGGCAUGAAUGCAACAUGGCUCAGAAGUUAAAACUGGAGAACAGCUUGCCAGAUACUUACAGGUUGGAUCUGGAACAUGAAUUUCACUGCACUCAGAGUCUAGCUUAUAAUCACAAGUUCACGGUUCAAGUGCCAGAAAGGAAUCUGGAUUACAGGACUCAGCUGCUGCAUUCACGGUCCUUCCACCACUAUUUAGAAAGCAGCACCAGUUUCAAGGUGCAUUAUAACAACCAUAUCCCUUUUAUAGCGGACCUGCAAUGGAAAAAUAUUUCCAGGCGUUUGCUGAAGUGGGAAGGUACAUUCAACAUGGACACGCCCUGGCUGUAUCUGUACGCCACUCACAAAUUCCACCAGUUCCAGCGUUCAGCUUACUUCGCUACUGUUGAGUUAACUGUUGGCAAAGCUUUUGUUCUCAAGGGCUUAGUGCUGGAAUUCUAUGGUAAAGACAACGAUGAUGAGAAGGAAAGCAGAAUUGAGAUCCGCACAUCGACCACCACCUAUCUGAGAGCAUCCACUAUCAAUCGUUUCAUGAAAGGUUUCCUGCACAGCCGGAAUGAAAUAAUGUCAUUGUGGAGCCAGCUGAUAAAGCACGAAGUUCUCCUGGAAAGCAGUGAACAGACCAAGUUUCUUCAUUUCAGGCUGACAUCUGCAAAGAAAGAAUUUAAUCUGACAGCAUCUUAUUGCCACUUAGAAGUGCCUAGAAAAUCAAACAUUUCUACGUCAGUUUUGUGGACAGACCACAAGAACCCACCACUGGCCCUGCGGUUUGAAGCACAGAUAGAAGAAGUGAAGAAAGAAAAAGUGCUUUAUCAGAAACGUGGAAGUCUCCUAUUUAGGCAUCCGCUAAAUCUCCCCAUUCCACAAAGCUUUCUUCUCCAGGGAACAUUUACGGUGAACAAGAAGGAGAAACACUACUCUUUGGAAACUAAAGUGGUGAUUAAUGGCCUCGAAGACUCCAUUCAGACCAUCACCUUGGGCUACCUGACUAAAAAUCCAUAUAUAUGUGCAAGACUGACUCAUCCGUAUAACAGCAAUGUUUUCCCCAAAAAUACAGAAGCGUGCAUUAUGGUGCGGAAUCUCACCCAUGCCAAUCAGGAGCUUGAAGCAAAGCUGAAAAUCAAUCAAGAAGAAGUACUCCACUUCCUGGGCAGGUAUCAGAACAAAUCUAGCGUGGCCCAAUCCCACCAUCUAAUACAACUGGAUAUCACCCACUCGUUCCAGGCCCAGGCCAGUCUAAACUGGCAUGGCUGGAAUGGCCUGAAUGGAUCUUUUGACUUGCACACCAGUGGAUGGAAUCUGGUGUUCCUGGAAGCCAAUUUUAACAACCAGAUGAGGAAGAACGUCCAAGCCAUUCAUGUGAGCGCUGCCUUAAAUCAAGAAAUUCUAGAUCGGUUUAAAUAUGUGCAGCUGCAGUUCCUGAGUAAGGUGACACCAUCAAGGCUGCUGCUGUCAUCAUCAGUGAAACUUAGUCAGCAUUUCUUCCAUGUGGGCAUUUCAGGAUCCAAGGAACACAAAGCAGGCCUUGUGGUGACCCUCCAUGGCCAUGUGCAGCACAACCUUGAAAGCUUAUGGCUCAUUGUACCUCAGGAUCUUUCCCUGAAUAGUUCUCUGAAGCAUCGAAUCAACCUUAGUGAAGGCCUUGUGAGCAUUGCAGUGAACCAGUCAGUUUUGGCCAUGCGUGUCCGGAGCAGAUGCUUCUGUGGGAAUGAAAGCUUCUAUAACCUCAUGAUAGCUGUGACCCAGAAUGGCAGGGAUACCUUCUUAGCCCAGGGAAAACUGAAAGGCUCCCUGGAGUUCAAACAAAGAACCCAAAGGGACGAAGCCCAUGUUCAGAUGGACGCAGAUCCUCUCUGUGUUGGCUUUGCAAACGUCUUCCUUCGGAACGAGGUUGGAUUCACAGGCACCUUCACACACAACAUCAGCAGCUUCCAUGCAACAGGGCUUCCCACAGAAAGUAGCAUCAGGGCCCUGUAUGGCCACAACGAUACUUACCAGACAGUAGCUCUAGACCUUCAAGGGGGCAACCAGAAGGUUAGUGUCACGUUUGGAGUUGAGAAGUUGCAUCCAGAAGCCCUUCAAACUCAAUUCACUGCCCUCGUUAACCACAGUAUUGCAGAGCUGAAGAAACAAGGCCUACCUUCCCGAGUACAGUGGAUCUGCUACUAUCAAAAUUUCAGCAGCAAGUCUGCAAUGGGAACAAGAAUCCAAGCUGGAGAAGAAGAACUCAAGAUGAUGCUGGAGAACAAACGCACUAACAGCACGGCUAGAUUUUCUCUUUUCCUCCACCAUAAUGUCAAACUCCUACUUUACAUCAUCCCGCCAGGAAUACAGGCAACAUUAAGAACAUUGCUACAUGGAUCAGAUGUGGGUAACCACUGCGCACCCAACAUAAUGAGAGAAAUCCUUUCUAAUAGCACUUUCGCUCCAUUCCGUAUCCACGCAGCGUGCAACCUGGAAUACAUUCUGGAAAUCAGCUUCAGUCAUGCUUGGCCUUAUCUUAAGUCUCUGGGCCUCACCCAAGAGAAUAAGGUGAAAGUGGCCAUCGUGUCAGGGGAUCCACACACAGGUCUUUUAGAAAUCACCCUGGGAAAUCGCACGUUGAUGGCCAACGGAGCACUGAGUGCAGAGGAUGGAGGAACAGCUGCAGAAUGGCGGGUGACUUUUCUGAACAAAUCUGGCACUUUGGAGAACCCAGCAUUACCCCAGAAUCUUGUCUCUGGAGGAUCAGUUUUCAUCAAGACCCACAAUGCAAGUCUAACAAUGUUCUUUCAGUGCAAUGGUACAGCAGCUGAUAUGCAAUUGGAAAUAGACAAAUACGUUGUGCGAGGAACUCUGAACCACUCCCUCUCCUAUCUCCAAGAUCUAGGACUGCCUCGUAACAACUUGAUCCUCCUCACCAUGCCUAGUAAUUCUGAUGUGGAAGGACUUCUGCUCCUCCAUGUGGGCAGUUGCAAGCUGGAGGAACAUGGCAUCCCAAGUCACUCACAUUUAACUGGAUCCCUUCUGAAGGAUGGUUGUCAAGUAGAAUUCUUCAACGCCCUCCAAGUGGAAGACCAAGGGGCCUACUUCACAGUAAGGACUAAGUGCCAGCCAAAGUUCACUUUAGAAGUGGAGCUGAGACACGGGCUUCCAUUCUUCAACAGGAUCCCCAAAGACAAUAAGCUGACUGUCCAUUGUGGGAAACGACUCAGGCGUGCCGUAAGCUUGGAACUGAAAUCUGGCCUUUGCCGACUUCAAGCCAACUUGGAGAUGGAUGCAGAAAACCGAUCCCAGUGGCAAGCAGUGAUGGAGAACACUUGCAAAAUGAUACAGACUAGACAAGAACUUCAUGUGUUUCUGGAUCAACAUAGCAAAGGGGCCAUUAACUUUGGCAUUCCUGCAAGGAUAGAAGUGGAUUUAAUUUCCGAAAAGAGUGGCGCCCUUUGUAAAAGGCUGCUUCAGUUCAAGGUGGAUGGCAAACAGAUCACGGAGGAGCUGGUUUUUAUACAGAAGCCGGACCACGUGUUCCUCGGCUACAAGUUUAAGCAUAAUUUAGAGACGUUGCAGAGACUUUGGAUACAAGACAAAAUAGAGCUACAGCUGAUGCUCCUGGAUAGCCUGUCUGAAAAUGAGACAGAAGCAUCUCUGAAUCUGGCUUGGGACCCAGAUUUGCGUCUCUCAUUCAUCUUUAUUUUCCAGAAAAAAUUGGAAAGGUAUGAGAUGCAGUUCCUUCCAGGGCAUCUUGUGGCCACCACAGUUUACCAAAAAAUCAAGCGGCAAAUGCAAGAACUGAGAUGCACGGUGUCAUGGGACAGCAAAGAAAUUAAAGUCAUCAGUAACUACACUGGUCUUUUCCCAAAGGUGUCUGGAAAUCAUGACUUAAAUGUGAAGAUCUGCCACCCUUUCUCUGGCCCUUUUCCUCCGUGUUCUUCUCUCAAUGUGAACAUAGAGCACUCAUUGCGCAACCACCAGGACCGGAUCAUCAUCUCAUGGGAUGAAAAGGAGCAGGUCUUAGUAUCUUCUUCUCUCAAGCUGGGGAGAGCACGGGUUGCUUAUUCUGCCACUGCCGCGCACCCUUUUAAUUUCACGAUGAAACACAUCGAGGUUAGCUCCCUGACAGAAGGCCGCCAAGGAGCAUAUACACAACAGCUUAAAAACAUUCUAACAAUUGCAAGUCUUCAGGCCUGUGGCUCCCUUAAGCAGACAGCAGCUCUGUUGAAUCAGCACCUAGAUCUGACGUGGGAUAGCAAGACAGUUGCACAACAACUGACCUAUGAGAAGAGCAAAGUGCUGUAUCGGGAUAAAAUGUUGGUACAAGCUACCUUAACGAAUCUCUUGACAGCAUGUUCCCAUCAGCAUAUUCUGGGAAAAGUUGAAACGGAUUAUUCAGCUUGGCUGAAUUAUGACAUGCAAUUCGGGAUGUGUGGCCUCCCAAACGCAAUUGCUCUUUCUGGGAAACUCCAGCUAAACCAGGGAGACGCUGUCUUACGAUCUGAAGGGAAAAUCAGCCUUGCAGACAACGAAGGGGCAAUUUUGGUGGCUUUACGGAAUGACAGCAAGCUGGAAAUGAAGAACUAUUCAGUGGAACUUUCAUUAAAAGGACCUGAGGCUGUUUGGAUGGAUGUGAAGGCAUGUGUGACCUCUUCAGCUGAUCAAAGCCAAGUCCUUGUUGAGGGAAAGAUGGAUCAUCCAAAUGAGAAAGUGAAAAUAACAGCUUUCAAAGGAAAAGGAUGUCUUCGGUAUUACAUGGGAUACUUGAAAGGAAAUUCUGAGGAUGGACUAGAGUUUGCAGCUUGUAUGGAAGGUCAAAAGCAUGCUGCGCUCAACGCCCACCUCAUUGUUAACAGACGUCAGGAAGUGGGAUAUCUCACCAUGGAAGCUUCUAACCAAAGUUUGAAUUUGAAGGCCCAUGGCUGUUGGGAUCUAGUCAUGAAGACUGAGGUCCAGCACAUUGAAUUUCUGUAUGUUGCCAUUGGCUGGUCUUUAGAAGCCUCCCAAGAAAUUGUACGAUUCCUCCACAGUGGGAUGGGCACAGUUGCUCAGAUGUGGGAGCAGAGUGGAUUUAAACACCUAUUACAGGAUCAUAUCCCACUGUACCUGAGGAAACUUCAAAGCAUUCUGCAACAAAUCCAACUGGAGCUCCAAAAGCCACUGACAACCCUGAAGGAUGCCUACUAUGAUGUGACUUUGAAACCUUUGGAUGAAGUUUGGCAACAGAAGACUGAUGUGUAUCUAAAGAAACUCCAGGCACUGGUGCCCACUGUUGUAAAAGAUGUAUGGCUAAUGGAACCCAUCCAAGUUGCAUUAAGAUCAUUGAAAACUGGCUUUGAUAUGGCAACACAACAGAUACUAAACUGGGCAGAAGCCAAAUUAUCCCGAAUGUUGAGCAAGCUCCAAAAAUCUUUAUCAAACCUGUACAGAUUUUCAGCCAGGAACUGCACUGUGGCAGUGAGCUUGCCUGUAUUGCCCAAAGGAGAGCCCACAUUAGAUUUGGUCAACAUUACAAACUACAUAAUUGAAGAGAAACUUAUGAAACCCCUUCGAGGCCUAUAUAACAUCAAUCUGGGUGCAGAAUAUUACAAAUUCAAGCGAGCCAUCAUGGAGAGCCCUUUUGAACAUCACGCCUUGUUGAUGGGAACCAAGCACCUGUGGACCUUUGAUGGGAAAAUGUACAGCUUGACCUCCAACUGCAGUAUGCUGCUGGCCAAAGAUUUUGCCCACGAUGCCUUUUCUGUAGUCCUAAACCAGAGGAGUAGUGCGGGCAGGUCUCUGUACCUCAGCAUGAACAAAACAGCUCUCAUCAUCUAUCCCGAAGAGAAGAUCUACAGGCAAUACAACAUUUCCCUGUUGGAAGAUUGUGGAAGUUUUGACAUUCCUCCCCAAGAAAAUGGCAUCACCAUCCAGGUGGAGACAAAGCAUGUUGAAGUGACUGCUGCUAAUGGAGCCCUGAUUUUCUGUGACCUUCGUUACAAUUUCUGCACCCUUACCUUGGAUGGAUGGCACCAUGGUGCCUCUGCUGGUCUUUUUGGUACCAAUGAUAAUGAAGCUGGCAAUGAAUGGAUGCUUCCUGACCGCUCCCUGGCUAAGAGUUUGUCAGAAUUCAUACAAGCCUGGGAGGUGAACGACCGCUGUGGUGAAGUCAGGAAAAAUGACAGGCCAUGCCGCAAUACACAGAGCUCUGAAAUCUGCAAAACCUUUUUCCAAGACUCCACCUCGUCCUUGAGGAAUUGUUUUGGAGUUGUGAACCCUGAACCAUUCUACCACUGGUGCAGAACUGAUGUGUGUGAACUACAUAGCAUAAAACCAGCCUGUAACUUAGCUGCAGCCUUUGGGCACCUGUGCAGCCGAAAUUUCGUCCCUGUAGAGAUGCCCCUUCAGUGUGAGACGGCAAAGUGAGGCUGAGAAGCAGGUGGUUGCUUGAGGCUAUGCCUGCAAUAGGCAGAGGGGCCUCCUGCUUAAGCCUCCCACUGACCCAAGCUCAACUCUAACAAGAACACAAGCUUGAUCUAGCCGAUCUCCUCCUGUAUUGACUUAGUGAAAAUAUUUGAGGAGCCGUCAAGAUUAGCUUCAGCAUUGCAACAGCCACCAUCUGUUCCUGAUGGAUGAAGUCCUUUUUCCUGCCCCCAACAGCUUCUCCUUGUGUUUGCUGUAUCCAAGAAGAUCCAACUUGAGAAGCAUCUGGCAAAGUAACAUUUUCAGUGAAAGGGCUGCAGAAUGUUGAAUUAGAUCUCCUUGUAGUUACCAGUUUGAGGGCCUGGCCUGUUAGCCUAUUGGCCUAUUAGCCUAUUAAUAAACCAUUAGGGGUUUUGGUAAGCCAUGAAUUAGCUUCAGCCAGAGCGAAUCCAUUUUAAUCACUCUGCCGAGGCUUUUGCUUGUCAGAAUCAGCAGUUAGCUAACACUUGCUUUAGCACCUGCUAGUAGGAACUCAAGAAGUAGACCACAGACGCCUCAUAUGCAAGAAGUGUCAGACUAGCUGGCAGGUUGUGGCUUUGUAACCUUGCUAAAGACCUUUUGACUGGAAUAGAGGAAGGCAACGUGGCAUUUAGCUUAGCUGUAAUCAAGAAUGUCCAGGCAAAGGUCGGGAGGUGAAACCAAGUUUAUCAUUAGCUAUUAGAAAACACACCUAGAGGUGGAGAGCAUAGUUAAUUAAGGGCACCCCCAUGCUUAUUAUGGGAUAUUAGCCUAACUGAGCAUGUCUUCAACAAACCAGGAACAAAUGAUGUAAAAUCAGGAAAUUAUGACAUGUAUUUGUGGUUUUAUGG